AGCGAGGGGUGAGGUGCGGGACUGUACGUGGUGCUGACGGCCCGGCCCAGUCGUGACGCGAACGGCGCCCCAGCCUGCGGCCGCGAGUGACUCGGUGACUGUGACUGGACUGAGCGGCGACCCGCGAGGCGGACGGGCAGCGGCGAGCAUGUCGCAGUCACGGCGGCCGAUGUACGCAUGCAGCCGCGACCUGUCAUCGUUCGCCGUCUCCAGUCGCCGGCUGACGGCGCGAGGCAAGCCGGCGACCGAGCGCGACAAGCAGACGGACAAGGAGAGCGGGUUCGAGUCGAGCCCCAACAGCCCACGCGCCGGCUCUUCACUCGAGCCUGGAAACCAGUGUCUGCUCGCGGCGCAGACAGAGCUGCGCCACCAACGGUCUGCACAGUCCAGCGAAUGUAUUUCGCUGGAAAGCUUUAAAUUCAUCAAGAAACUCGGCAGUGGAGGAUACGGCAGCGUGGUGCUGGUGGAGAAGCGGCGGGGGUCGCGACCGUGGCGCGCUCUACGCCCUCAAGAUGACAAACCUGAACCGGGCCGCGCUGCUUAUGCGGUCGGAAAGGACCUGUUCUCGCUGGUGGGCCCCAGCCGCAGCCCCGGCUACCUGCGCCGCAUGUUCGUCUACAACUACGCCCGCUACGUCGACCGCAUGAGGAUCGUGCUGGCGGAGCUGAGCGUCGCCAUCCGCUUCCUGCACGAGGUGAACAUCAACAUCAGCAUGAGCACGAUCGAGAUGUCAGCUGCAGCGGCUCGCGCGCAGUGGGAUGAAGGUGCAGCUAAAAACAACAUCUUGUACCGCGACCUGAAGCUGGAGAACGUCCUGGUGUUCGGCGACGGCCACGUCCGCCUGGCCGACUUCGGCCUCUCGCGGCACUUCGAGGUCGGCGAGUCGACGCAGAUCAGCGGCAAAACGGGCACUCCGGACUACAUGGCUCCGGAGGUGCUGAAGUCCAGCGGCGCGCACGGACCCGCCACCGCCUACAGCUUUGAGGCCGACCUGUGGGGUUUGGGCGUCAUAGCUUACGAGCUCAUCGUGGGUCAGCUGCCCUUCAAGGGCCGUGAAGUGGCCGAUCUCGAAGAGUAA